AUGCCGGCAGCGCAGCUCCCAUCCUGGGAACGCUGCAGGCCCAUGAACGCCUUCAUGGUGUGGUCCCGGGGGCAGCGGCGUAAGAUGGCCCAGGAGAACCCCAAGAUGCACAACUCGGAGAUCAGCAAGCGCCUUGGCGCCGAGUGGAAACUUUUGUCGGAGACCGAGAAGCGGCCGUUCAUCGACGAGGCCAAGCGGCUGCGCGCUCUGCACAUGAAGGAGCACCCGGAUUAUAAAUACCGGCCGCGGCGGAAAACCAAGACGCUCAUGAAGAAGGAUAAGUACACGCUUCCCGGAGGGCUGCUGGCCCCGGGCGGGAACAGCAUGGCGAGCGGGGUUGGGGUGGGCGCCGGCCUGGGCGCUGGUGUGAACCAGCGCAUGGACAGCUACGCGCACAUGAACGGCUGGAGCAAUGGCAGCUACAGCAUGAUGCAGGAGCAGCUGGGCUACCCGCAACACCCGGGCCUCAACGCGCACGGCGCGGCGCAGAUGCAGCCCAUGCACCGCUACGACGUCAGCGCCCUGCAGUACAACUCCAUGACCAGCUCUCAGACCUACAUGAACGGCUCGCCCACCUACAGCAUGUCCUACUCGCAGCAGGGCACCCCCGGUAUGGCGCUGGGUUCCAUGGGCUCGGUGGUCAAGUCCGAGGCCAGCUCCAGCCCAGGUGUGGUUACCUCUUCCUCCCACUCCAGGGCGCCCUGCCAGGCCGGGGACCUCCGGGACAUGAUCAGCAUGUACCUCCCCGGCGCCGAGGUGCCGGAGCCCGCUGCUCCCAGUAGACUGCACAUGGCCCAGCACUACCAGAGCGGCCCGGUGCCCGGCACGGCCAUUAACGGCACACUCCCCCUGUCGCACAUGUGAGGGCCGGAGCGCGAACUGAGAAAGGGAGAGAUUUUCAAAGAGAAACAAGGGAAUUGGGAGGGGUGCAAAAGAGGAGAGUAAGAAAAAUCUGACAUGCUCAAAGAAAGAAAAAAAAUCUCAUUACCCGCAGUCAAAUGACAGCUGCGGAAAAGACCACCAAUCCCAUCCAAAUUAACGCAAAAACCGUGUUGCCGACUAGAAAACUUUUAUGAGAGAUUUUGGGACUUCUUUUUGGGGGACUAUUUUUGUACAGAGAAAACCUGAGGGCGGCCGGGAGGGAGGGGUAAUCGGACCAUGUAUAGAUCUGGAGAAAGAAACUACGCAAAACUUUUUUUUUUAAAAGUUCUAGUGGUAUGUUAGGCGCUUCGCAGGGAGUUUGCAAAAGUCUUUACCAGUAAUAUUUAGAGCUAGACUCCGAGCGACGGAAAAAAAAGUUUUAAUAUUUGCAAGCAACUUUUGUACAGUAUUUAUCGAGAUAAACAUGGCAAUCAAAUGUCCAUUGUUUAUAAGCUGAGAAUUUGCCAAUAUUUUUCGAGGAAAGGGUUCUUGCUGGGUUUUGAUUCUGCAGCUUAAAUUUAGGACCGUUACAAACAAGGAAGAAAGAAAUUUAUUCGGAUUUGAACAUUUUAGUUUUAAAAUUGUACAAAAGGAAAACUUGAGAGCAAAUACUGGCAAGACUAUUUUCUUGGUCUUGUUUAAAAAGGGCAAAUGUUCUAGAUUGUACUAAAUUUUUAACUUACUGUUAAAGGCAAAAAAAAAAUGUCCAUGCAGGUUGAUAUCGUUGGUAAUUUAUAAAAGCUUUUGUUCAGUCCCACCUUUCCAUUUUGUUCAGAUAAAAGAAUAUGGAAUUACUGUGUUUGGAAUAUUUUCUUAUGGUUUGUAAUAUUUCUGUAAAUUUAUUGUGAUAUUUUAAGUUUUUUUCCCCUUUUAUUUUCCGUAGUUGUAUUUUAAAAGAUUCGGCUCUGUUAUUGGAAUCAGGCUGCCGAGAAUCCAUGUAUAUAUUUGAACUAAUACCACCAUCCUUAUAACAGCUACAUUUUCAACUUAAGUUUUUACUCCAUUAUGCACAGUUUGAGAUAAAUAAAUUUUUGAAAUAUGGACACUGGAAUUAUGCCUGAGUCUUUCAUUUCUUUGGCUAGCAAUACUUAUACAUAACUUGGGAAAUUAGAAGACCAUGCUGAGCCACCAGGCUUGACGUUACCAGCAAUGCCUGUUAGCAUUAACUUUAGAAGAAAAAGAUGGCUGGAAAACUGAAAUGCGCUGUCAUUUCUAAAACAGAAACUAGAGACAUAUAUUGUAAGUCCACGCCCUCCUUUCCUAAGCAGCGUGAAUAAACGCGAUGUGGGCUUAAGCUAGCUUGUACCACUUGUUGCCAGAAGGAGUCGAUUCUGAAAUUUUCAUGUAGCUUAGCAGAUGGGGUAUUGAGCCAAAUCAGAGCCAGGUUGGCUGGGUUUGUUUUCAUUUUCUUUACAACACAAUGGCCCUUUGAAAUGUGGUUUAUAGGGGAAAAUGAUGCUUCUUGUAUCGGAAUAAUUACAAAGUAGACACGCCGAGUGUUCUGCUGGGUAGGUGCUUGGGUGACUCUAGCCCUGCCAUUGUGUGAGGAAACAAGUGGUUUUCUGUCUUUGUUUCCUGACUUC